AAAGAAGAAAACUCUCUACUCAAGAAGACCAAUUUUUUUUGAAAAGCACAGUUGAAAAUUUUGAAGUAAAUCGUUGGAGAAUAUCCAAACCAAAUUUAAUGAAUGUGAUGAAGACUUUUACAGGUUUUACAAUAGAAGCGCCACUUGGCAGAAAGUAACUGGGGUGCCCACCUCCUUAUCUGAACGGAUGGCAAUAAACAUUUAAUUUUCAGAUGAGAGAAUUCACUUGAAUUUGUAGAGAAGCCGAAGAUGGAGGAUGAUCUGACUUGUAUUUCCGUGGCUCUUGACUGGACUCCAAACAACAACCACGUAGGAUUCUACGUUGCAAAGGCACUCAACUACUAUGAACAAGAGGGCUUCAAAGUCGAUCUGAUCAGCCCGCAUUUAGAUAAUUAUUCAACUACACCGGCCUUCAAAGUUUCUUCCAAAUCCGCCACAUUUGCACUUGGUCCAUCAGAGACUGUGAUUGGGCACCAUUUGCCUCCUUCAAGCCAAACCAGAGCAAAACUUGUUGCCAUUGCAACUAUUCUUCAGGAGGAUGCUAGUGCAAUUGCUACUUUGAAAGGAUCUAAUAUUUCACGGCCUCGAGAUCUGGACGGUAAAACAUAUGCAUCAUAUGCAGCACGCUUUGAAGGACGCAUUGUGCAGCAUCUAAUUCAAGCUGAUGGAGGCGAAGGUCUGUUUACAGAGGUCACUCCUGAUAAAUUGGGAAUAUGGAAUGUUCUAGUAACGGGAAAGGCUGACGCAACAUGGAUAUUUUCAUCCUGGGAAGGGGUUGAAGCUAAACGCAAGCACAUUGAACUUAAUGAAUUCAGACUAACAGAUUAUGGGAUUCCUUAUGGCUUUUCCCCAGUUGUGUUUGCCCACCCCGAUACUCUCAAAGCUUAUCCAGACAUGGUUAGGCGUUUCUUGAGGGCAACUGCCAAAGGUUACACUUAUUCCGCGACAAAUAUUGACAAGGCAUCGCUUAUCUUAUGCGAAACUGCUAAUAAAGAGAAUCCGACAUCUGUUGACCCACUUGAUCCUCUAAUGGUACAAGCUUCCAUGGAUUACUUAUCAAAAUAUUUACUGGACAAAGAAGGAAACUGGGGAUUGAUGGAUCCAAAUAUAUGGAAAAAGUUCCUUGAUUGGCUUUCAACUGAAGGUAUUCUGACGACAUUGAUACAAUCCCGUAACCCAGUCAGUGGUGUGAGUGCCUCUCUCAAUGAUUUGAGAGAUGGCAGUUGUGGUGAUUGCAUACAGGCUUCCGAAAUCAGAGUUGAUGAGUUAUUCACAAAUGAUUAUCUUAUGCACUAAUAAAAUAUCUCUCAUGUAUCUUACUUGCAUGAUACCAAGCACACAGGUUUGGUGUUUUGGUGUGGAUUUAUAUUUAGAGAAUUGAUUAGUGUUCAGUGUAUGGGAGGCGAAAGAAGUAGCUAUUAUUCAACUAGGGUCACUGUUGAACAUGUAAUAGUGUCAAGAGUAGCUUAAAUUUUAACUUCAUAGCCAAUACUUUUGUCUAGCACUAAUAAUAUUCUUACUAUUUUUGC